AGCUGAAAAUGAGUGUGCCAGUGCCAGCUCCAGCUCCAGCUUCCUGGCUUAAUCUUCCUCCUGGGUUAGCAUUGGAUGAUGCUACUCCCGACUGGUUGAGCAAAGGAGAUAAUGCAUGGCAACUAAUAGCAGCAACACUGGUUGGUCUACAGAGCAUUCCAGGGCUUCUCAUUUUAUAUGGUGGAGGGGUGAAGAAGAAAUGGGCUGUCAACUCUGCUUUUAUGGUUUUUUAUGCCUUUGCAUGUGUGCUAUUCUGUUGGGUUAUUUGGGGCUACAGGAUGUCUUUCGGAGAAGAACUUGUACCUUUUUGGGGGAAGGCCAAUGUUGCUCUUGACCAAAAAUUUCUCCUCGAACAAGCAUUUCUUGGGAAGUUUCCUUCUGCGACUAUGGUUUUUUUCCAGUCUGUUUUUGCAGCCAUUACUUUGAUCUUGAUUGCCGGUGCCUUGCUAGGGCGAAUGAAUUUUUAUGCGUGGAUGAUGUUCGUGCCUCUAUGGUUAACCUUUUCAUAUACUUUUGUAGCUUUUAGUAUAUGGUGUCCUCAAGGUUUUCUCGCCAAGAAUGGGAUAAUAGAUUAUUCUGGUGGCUAUGUGAUUCAUUUGUCUGCUGGAGUUGCUGGUUUUACAGCUGCUUAUUGGGUUGGCCCUCGCCUAACCAAAGACAGAGAAAGAUUUCCGCCAAACAAUAUCAUUCUUAUGUUAGCUGGGGCAGGACUACUCUGGAUGGGCUGGACAGGAUUUAAUGGAGGAGACCCUUAUGCAGCAAGCGCUGAUGCUUCCUUAGCCGUCUUGAACACCCAUGUGUGUACUGCCACUAGCUUGCUUACUUGGCUUGCCCUGGAUAUUCUGUUUUUUGGAAAAGCUUCUGUCAUUGGUGCUGUUCAAGGCAUGAUCACUGGUUUAGUCUGCAUCACUCCUGCGGCUGGGGUUGUGCAAGGAUGGGCAGCAAUAAUAAUGGGAAUAUGCUCAGGCUCAAUUCCUUGGUUUACGAUGAUGGUUGUCCACAAGAAGUCUGAGCUUCUUCAAAAGGUAGAUGAUACAAUGGCCGUUUUACACACUCACGCCAUUGCAGGAAGUCUUGGAGGAAUCCUCACAGGCCUUUUUGCUGAACCAAAACUAUGUUCUUUGUUCUAUGCGACCUAUGGAAAAUAUGUAGGCCUAUUUUAUGGUUUUCAAAUCCCACAAGUCCAUAAUGGAUUUCGACAAAUAGGAAUUCAGCUUUUGGGGAUUAUUUUUGUCAUUCUUAUCAAUGUUAUUGUCACCAGCAUUAUAUGUCUCUUAAUCCAACUUGUCGUGCCACUGAGGAUGUCUGAUGAGGACAUGGAAAUUGGUGAUGAAGCUGUUCAUGGAGAAGAAGCUUAUGCUAUUUGGGGCAGUGGAGACAAACAUGAGAAUUCUUGGUAUACAAAUUCAGCUAAUCCUGAGACUGAAUUGCCAGUGAGAAAAAGGAAGAAAGCUGGUCAAGUUGAGAUGACAUGAAUCUUGUGUCUGUUUAUCUAUUUCUUUAAAAGAUGAAUUGCUGCCAUUGAGGUUUUUUUUC